AUGUUGAAAAAUUUUGAGGGCAUGUUUAACAAGUACAGCGUUCUAUAUGAUGAGGAAGAUGAGGAGCUGGAAGAAUUAGAUCGCUUCGAGAAUAGGUUCAAGGAGGCAAAUGUGUUCUUCACACAUUUCGAGAAUAUUCAAAAGGACUUAAAAAAAGUGAAGGAAUUAGACAAAAAUGCAGAAGAAAAAAUUUUGGAAAGUAGAAAAAUGACAAGCGAAAUUAUGGAAGAAAUGAAAAAACUGAAGAAGGAAAAAUAUACCAUCAGGAAGAAAGAAAAAAUGUAUGACAAAAUUCUAAGGAAAUACAGUUUAAGUCCUCUAAGCUAUAACAAUUUAACGGAUAUAAAUGUUUCGCUAAAUAUUGCAUUUUUUGAACACUUAAAACAGUUUGAGUACACCAAGGAAAAUAUAAUAAAGUUGUUAAACGAGAAUUCAACUGAUAAAAUAAACAAAUUCUACUCCAAACAUUACAGUAAGAUAUUGAAUAAGGCGUGCAAGAAAAUGUGUCUUUAUGUGAUCAGGGAGAAUAACAAUAGUUAUAGGAAGAUAAAGAAAGUUACAGAUUUAUUGCUCUGCCCAAUUUCCGAAGAAAAAGAAAAGAGAAAAAUUAUUAUAAGAAAUUAUGUCCAGAAUUUUUCUCCCUUGACAAAAUUGUGCUAUAAAAUUAUUAUCGAAAAUAUGGAAUACUUCAACAUAUGCUUCACCAAUUUUUUGCAUUUUAGAAUAAAAUUGUUCAAGAGGAAUUACAACGAUUUGUUUAUGAGUCAUGGUAGUAACAUAGUCAGGAGGAACAACUCAGAAGGUGAAUUUCCCCCCAUAGAUGAUUCGAUAGAAAUAUUUAAAAACUUCUUUUCAACAAUAUACUACUUAAUAACGUUGGAGGAUCACUUCUUCAAAAUUCUUCUUCUGUUCAAUUAUUAUUAUACCAACGUAGAAAUCCCAUAUAUAACUGCUCAGCUGGAAAAUAUGCACAACAAUUUAUACACGAUAAUUGACUCCUUGUAUUUUUCCUACAGUCAUUUUUUAGAAACAAAUUUGAGUAGCUACCCGAAGAGUUACGAUACAUGUUAUGAGUUGUUUCACAUUGUAGACAUGUUCAUUUUUAAAUUGAAAAAAUUUCAAAACAACUGCGAAAUAACACAAGACGCCAAAGAUAUAAUUAGAGAAAAUUCCAUCGAAAUGAUACGCCUUAAUAAUCCAGAGUUGAAUGAUCGUCAAAUUAAUGGUACCAAUUUAUAUAGUGCAGUCACUCUCCACGAAAAUACAUUCUUAGAAAAUUACAAAUUUAAUUCUGGAAAGGGAAUUCACAGUAGGAACUCCAUUAACUCCAUUUUGUGGAACUUUUCCAGAAACAUCGCAGAUGAUACCCAGAGUAAACUCCCCAGUGGAGAGCGCCCCGAUCAGAUGAACGAAGAACAGUUGUUUGGCGGUGAAUCAGUGAACAAUAUAAAUACGGAAUAUUAUCAAAAGAGUGCAGAUAGAGAAGAAAUAAAAAAUGUGGGGAUUGAAACAAAUGUGGUUGAAGAACAAGGAUCUCUAGACGAAGCACAAGGUGGAAACGUAAAACGGCACAGCUCCGAUGAAAUCGCCAUUCCUCAACUGGAUAACGACACAAGAAGCAACGUGGAAGAUGCCCAAACAGGAAGGGGUAGAAGCGAGUUAGGGGAAAAGAACAGCGGAGUAGAAAAAUACAACUGUAAACUUCUAAACUAUACACAAAAAAUACAGAAAAAAAUAGAAAACGAAUUCAUAGCUCUGUGGCAAAAAGACGUUGUCACCUUCUACCUUAGUAAGAUCACCAAAGUAGACGAACCCAAUUAUUUUGAUAACACAUUGUCAGUUAUAAAAAAAAUAUUCAAUGCAUUAAAUCAUGUAUAUUCCAUAUACAGAAGAAACAUUGCCUUAUUUGGUUCCGAAAGCAACGAGCAAAAUUUCCAAAACGUCCUCGACAUUACAAUCAACCCCUUAAUAAAUAACUCAUUGAAAAAUAAAAAUCAGAAUGUAGAAAGAGAUUACAUAUUUAUUAUAAAUAUAUUUAUCUUUAUGCAGGAAAAUGUAAAAAUGUUUGAGGGCUCCUCUAAGUACUACGAUCUGCUUGGUAUAAUUAUCCAUGAAAAAAUGGAAAAAGUCUUGGAGCUUGAAAAUAAUAAUUUAUUGGCUUACUUAAAGUUAGACAAAAUUAGGAAAGAGGAAGAAAGUAACAUAAAGGAGGUAGAAUUGAUUCUGGAAAAUUUUUAUAAAUUUGCUUUUUCGGAGAACUUUAAUGAUUUCCCUGUGGUAAACAAAAUUCAAUCAAGUCAUGUCAAAAAGGAAAUGCACAUGGCCUUAUUUAAUAACAUACAUAAGGAAUAUGUACACUUGUACGAAAUGUAUUCCAAAAAAGUGAAUAUGCUUUUUCCGCCCGAUCAAAUAAAGGAUGUCCUUUUGAAAAAAUUGUCAGUUAUAUGA